AUGGGCAAAGUCGUCGCUGCUGUGGGAUUGUCCCAUGCUCCUGGUGCCCUCGCCUUCCCCGAGACUGCUCAACCAGACGUCCGCCAGAGGACCGAAGAUGCAACUCGCUCGCUCGGCAUCUCACUUGAGUCGGCGCAACCCGAUGUGAUUGUCGCCUUCCUCGACGACCACUUCGAGAACUUUUUCCGCAACCUCUGCCCUUCAGUCAUCAUGGGUGUUGCCGACGAGCACGUCGGUCCAGCUGACCAAUGGAUGGAGACUCUCCGCAUUGACAAGAAGACCAUCUUUCCUGGUGCUCCCAUUCUGGCUGAGAAACUCUUAGACUCUCUCGUGGAGCAAGGGUACGAUGUCGCUCGGGCUGGACCUUGUGAGUAUGGCAACAACCUCUUGAUGCCGUGGAAAUUGAUGGGUGUCGAACAAUCUCUUGCCGGCGUCCCCAUCAUCCCCGUCUUUAUCAACGUCUUUACACCACCCCUUAUCUCAUACAAGCGGGCAUACAACCUCGGCGAAGCCGUUCGACACGGCAUCGAGACCGCUUGGCCCGAAGACACAAAAGUCGCCUUCCUAUGUACCGGUGGUCUAUCCCAUUGGCCUCCGUACUGGAACCCAAUUCAGGGCGGAGACCCGCCGACAGACCCUUUCCUGAAGCGUAUCAAGCGCUACCAAACCGAGGGGAAAUCAUACCUUAAGCAGGAUCCCCGCCUGUUCGUCGACUUUGACGAUUACGAAGUUGAAAUGGCCAAGAAGAACGAAUACCCUCUCAACUCGAAACAUCCCCUUGUGAACUGGGAUUGGGACCGGAUGUUCAUGCAGAAGUAUUCGGCUGGGGAUAUUGAAUGGAUGAAGAAGUUGACCUACGAAGAGGUCGAAGAAGAGGCCGGCCACGGUGGCCAUGAGGUGCUGAACUGGGUUGCUCUCCUGGGCGCCAUGAAAGGUGCCCCGAGCAAGAUGUUGUUGUAUGAGCCCGUGGUUGAGUGGAUUUGUGGCAUGGUCUACCAGGAUUUCUGUGUCACUGAGAAAUUCAACUGA